AUGACGAGGCGAAAAAGUGUGUGUUCAAAGUGGACUUUAGUUUUAUUAGUAGUUAUAGUUUGUCCGUCUGUUUAUUCGCGACCUCAAGAUGAAGUGUCCGCUUCAACUACAAUUAAGGCACUGAAUGAAAAAACAACGAAUGCACCAAUAAGGUAUAAAAAUAAUAAUUUAAGUUCGAAUAGUUUUAAGUUAGCAUCUAAAGUCAUUAGUUUUGUAAAUACUCCAAGCACAGAUGAACGUAACGUCAAUAUAAAUAUCAAUAAUGAAAGCAAUCCAAGUAAUAUAAAGUUAGCUCGCAACAGAACAAGCCGUUCAAUACGUGCUAAUUCAGAAGAACGUAAAAACAAAUACAAACCAAAACCACUUGAUAGAAUCGAAGAUGAAACUCAUGAUAGAAAGAAACCAGCAAUCAGGAAAGUUUUAACUAAAUGGAGAGAUAAAACUAAACUAAAUGAUUUAAAUUUUUCCUAUGAAACAAGUACAUUAAACCCUGAUGUUAAAGGUACGACGAAAAUUAUUGGUAAUAGUCUAAAAGAUGACACAAGCACUGAAAAUUCUAGUGAAAUGAAUGCCAAAAGAUAUACAAGGCCUCCCAAUGAUAUGUAUGAUGAUCCAUAUUAUAAUGACAAUAACAAUAUGAUGUACAAUAAUAAUCCACGGCCCCAUUAUUCUUACCCAGAUGAAUCACAACAUGUUGUGUACACCCCAAACAUUCAAGUCAUUAAUACUCCACGUCCUCGUCCCACACGACCGCCACACUAUCACACAAACAUUCCUACACCCACACCUAUAAUAACAAACUUAGGUUAUCCAAAACCGUGGACCCAACAAGUAACUCGUAAAACAACAACACAAAGACCAUUUUACAAUACACGACCCACAAAUUAUGAAUAUAAUAAUCAUGUACAAAAUUAUGGUGGAAAUAACUACGAAGUAUCAACAUUUGAACCAACUAAUUCAUACACAGAUAGAAUUGUUAUAAGACCAGAAGAGUAUAGUCCACAUGCUGAAGAUUGUCCCACUAUUUAUCUAACUUUAAAUAAUACUUUUCAAGGCCAGGCUAAAGAAGCCUGCCCAGAUCUGAAUAUUGCAGUGAACACAAAUGUUAUUAAUAAGAACGUUGUAAUAGAAUCAGAGGAAGAGAGUGAUAGUUUAUUUCCUGGUGGGUUUGGUUUAGGUUUAGGUGACGACUCAGGUACUGAUUCAUCAAAAGACGAAGAUUAUUUUGAAUCUGAUGAGAAUCAAGAGGGAAAUACUGAGAGUGCAUCAAUUGAGGGCACAGAAUUAGCAAACUAUCACUCUGCAAAUAGUGUUAUCAAGCCCGAAUCUGCUGAAUCAAAUUUUGGAGCUGCUUCAUCACCAAGUUCUGCUAUUAUUGCUCCAGGUGGUGGAGGAGAUUCUGACGAUGACUUAUUUAGCUUUUCAUCACUAGUAGAUUUCUUUCGACCAGCUUUAGACGCUUUAGGUUGGCUAGCGACUAUUAAUCCUUUAAGCAUAGGCUUUUUUCCUUUAAUUUUAGCGCCUCUAGGGUUAUUAUUUGCGGGGUCGGGUUUCGCUGCAUUAUUUGCUCCUUGGUUUUUGCCGUAUGCUAGGGAAGCUCCAAAAGUUAUUCAUGUGUAUAAACCUGAGUGGCGGUGGGAUGAUGAUUUGAAAACGUGGCAGCUACAUUCAUUCCCAAAUAAUAGGAGAUUGGUUCCUGAUAUGAGUGAGGCAAGAGUAAAUAAGGGUAAUGAGAAGACAGGGGAUUUGAAACCAACAUUAUUUUCAAGAGUAAAAGAAUGGAUGAAGAAUGUUACAAAUAUAUUGAGAGAGAAUCAUAAUCGUCGGAUAGUUUCGAAUGCUAGAAAAACUAAAAGGAAGAAAAGAGAAGCUUGGACUAGGCGGCUUAAAAAUACAUAA